AAGGGUUAGGAGUCAUAAAUCAGUUAAAAUGAUCCUCCAGCUGGUGCUUAUAGUUCAGUUCUCUCUGGGAUUAGGCCAGGAGAUUGGCUCUCUGCGAAUUAUGAAUGGCACUGCGGCAAAAGUGAAACAGUUGCCAUACCAGGUGGGACUGCUGUGCUACUUCGAAGGCUCCAUGGAUGAGCCCAAUCUGUGCGGAGGCACUAUCCUCAGCGGCCAUUGGAUUGUAACCGCAGCCCACUGCCUGCAGGAUCCAAAGUCUAAGCUCUCAAAACUGCUAGUCAACGUGGGCAGUCUCCAUUCUUUUGAGGACAAGGAAAUCGUGCUUAACAGGAGCCACACCAUUGUGCAUAGGAAAUUCGAUCGGAAGACCGUGACCAACGAUAUAGCCCUGAUCAAGUUACCCAAGAAGCUCAUUUUCGGUAAAAAUAUACAAGCCGCGAAGUUGCCCAGCACCAAGAAAACCUAUGAAGGUCGUAAAGCCAUAAUUUCUGGAUGGGGCAUCACAACCACGCAACAGCCCAGCAGAGUCCUUCAGUACAUCCGGGUGCCCAUCAUCUCGAAUAAGGAGUGUGAGAGGCAGUGGAACAAGCAACUCAAUGGCACAGGCAGGAAAGUCGUGCCCAGUUCCUUCAUCUGCAUAGAUUCCACUAAAGGUCUGCCUUGUCGAGGGGAUUCCGGAGGUCCUAUGGUGCUAGAUGAUGGCUCCAAAACUCUGGUGGGGAUUGUAUCCCAUGGAUUCGACAGCGAGUGCAAGCUGAAGCUACCCGAUAUAUCCACACGGGUUUCGUCCCAUCUGAAGUGGAUUAACUAUUACACUGGGGGUCUUAAGAAAUAGAUCUCGAACCAUUAAAAAGCGAAUCUCUUUUCAAA